UUUGUUUCUGCGCUUACCUGAUGGUCCCCGGUCCGGUGUAACGUUCAACCCGGCAAAUGUGUAUUCGUUAAUUUGCGUUUCGUUUUUGUGGACAUGUGGCUUCGCUGGCUGCAGAAUACAUUGCCAAGCUCCCUGUAUACACAAUUUCGCGGAAGAGGAAAGAAUUAAAGGAAUAUCUACAUCACAUGAUGAUGUGAUUAAAGUAGUUACAAAGGAAAUGCCAGUGGAAAUGGACAUCGACACUAUGGAAACAACCAAGGCUGAGAAACAGACGAACGGCUCUGCAUCUGCACUUAAGGAUAUUGUCGAUGAUAAAAAGGGCGCGAAAAACGAUUCUGAAAGUGCGAAAAAGCCUGCCGAGGUAGUCGCAGAGCCAGAAGUCGAACAGAUGGACGUAGAUAUUCCAACAAAUGGAAAUGGGAACGGCGUUAAAGAAGAGGAAGAAACAGAAACAGUUGAAGAUAGUAAAAAAGAGACUGACGAUAUUAGUGGAGAGGGUAAGACUGGAACGGUAGCUGAAGCUGAUAAGAAAAGCGAUACUAAAGAUGAUACUGACGAGAAGAAAGACGAAGUAAAGAAAACUGAGGAUAAAUUAGAGUCAAGUGGAGAUAAGAAGGAAGAGGUUAAGCCUGAAGCGACUGCAAGCGAGGUUGAUGUCAAAAAAACUGAAGGAGAGACUGAAAAAUCAAGUGAUGACGUGGAAAUGUCCGAAGCUAAAGAAGAAGAAAAAGUGGAAGCCGCUAGUGCGGAUGACGUGAAAAGUGAGGUUGGAAAGGAUCCGGUUGAGGAGGAAACAAAAGAAGAUGUUGAAAAAGAAAACAAUGCAGAGACCACUUCGAAAAGUGAGAAGGACGCGGAAGAUGUAGAGAUGAAUGAUAGCGAAAGCACGAAAGAUUUUAAAGACAAAGACAAGGAAACAUCGGAUGGAAAUAAAGAAAAUUCAAUUAAUAGCGUAGAAAACAAUAAAAACGAUGAAGCCAAGGUGAAAAUAAACAGUAAUGACAUUAAAGAAACUAGUGAUAUCGAAAAACCUGUUGAAAAUAAGGAAAAUACUGAAGAAUCUUCAGAUAAUAAGGUCCCGUCGGAAAAUUUGGAAGAGAAAGGUCAAGAGAAAAUCGAUGAAAAAACAAAAUCGACUGAAGAUGAGGAAAUGAAUGGUGUAAAGGAAACUGAGCAAAAAGAUAGUGAUGAACAGAAAGAUGCGACGGAUUCCGUAAUUCCAGCAGAUAAGUGUGCUACUUCAAAUUCAGAAGAACAUAAAGAAAAACCGAGUGAAAAAGAAGAACCCAAGGAAGUUCCUAAUUCCGAAGAAGCAUCAAAAGAAGUGAAAGUAGUUGACGAGGCAAAUGAAAAUGAGAAACACAUCGAAAUUCCCCAAAAGGAAGAUACAAGUAAAACGACUGCAAAUGGCUCAAUUGAAAACUCAGUCGAAGAGAAAAUUCCAGAUGACAAAGGCGAAAAUUGCACGAGUGAAGAAAAGAAAUGUGAUAAGGAAAAAGGUAAAACCGAAGAGCUUAAAAAUGAUGUUACAAUCAAUAAAGACGAAGAAAUGGUUGAUCCGACUCCAGAAAGUAGUAACGAAGUCAAGGAAGACACAACAUCCGCAACUAAUGACGAUCAAGAGCAACCUUCAGAAGGUGAUCAAGAAAUGGCUGAAGCGAAACCAGACGACGAAGUUCCGGCAAAAGACGAACAAAUUACAGAUGAAGAUCCAGUGAGUCAAACAAUGUAUGUAGACGAGAACACACACUUUGAUAGUGGUAAAAUCGUGGAACUGUCCCGGAUGUCAUGGAGUAGUACUAGGGAGAAGCAGCAGUAUGUGAGAGGAUGCCUAUGGUCGCCAGACGGUACAUGCAUUUUGACGGCCGUUAAUCUGGAUGGAAUGCAUGUUAUCAAUCUUGCAACUGAAUUGUACUCUAAGGAGUCCGUUUCGUUUGAUCGCCCUUUGGAUCAGUUGGAAUCCGUCAUUCAUGUGAAAGAAGGUGGAACUGUUUAUGAUUACAGCUGGUAUCCGUUUAUGAACAGCACGAUGCCGGAGACUUGUUGUUGGAUUUCGUCACGACAACACUGCCCUAUUCAACUUUGGGAUGGUUUUACUGGGGAUUUGCGGGGUUCCUAUCGCGGUUACGAUAAUGUCGACGAAGUAGAAGCUGCUUUUUCUGUCACGUUCACUUCCGAUGCAGAGAAAAUUAUUGGCGGUUAUAAGAAGACAUUGAAGAUAUUUGAUACUAAAUCUCCUGGACGCGAAUACUCAGUCAUUCCAAUCAAACAACCGUGUUCCUGUUUUGCUGUCUCCGAAACACAAAGCAAUAUAAUUGCCACCGGCUCUUGGAAUAGCGCCAUAAACUUAUAUGACUUACGUACUCCUAAACUUGGUUCUCUAGUAACACUGGAAGAACAUUCCGGUGGUGUUACAUUCCUAAAAUUUACAGCAAACGGUGACUCAUUGUUUAGUGGCGCUCGAAAGGACAACAAACUGCUCGAAUGGGAUAUGAGAAACUUUUCAAAACCAAUUCGUCGACUUCAGCGCACUGUCAAAACAAAUCAACGUAUCUAUUUUGAUCUGUCGCCAGGUGAGAAGUGGUUAGUGAGUGGUGAUACGGAUGGAUUGGUGCGAAUUUGGGAUCUUAAAUCGGAGAGCGAUACCGAGGACUUUACGUUUGGUUUGCACGAAGACUGUUGUAAUGGUGUGAGCUUCCAUCCGUCACGGCCAAUGUUGGCUACAUGUUCGGGUCAGUAUCAUUUCCCGAAAGAUGCCGAUGGCUGCGAGCCUAAUAAACAAGAACAAAUCUACGAGAAUUCAUUAGUUUUCUGGUGGAUCGGCAAAUCUUCAGAUGGUAAUGAGGAGGGGACUGUCGAAAAUCCGGUUCCGUCAAAGGAGAAGGGUGGAGAGGCGGAUACGGAUGAAAAGAUGGAAGCGUAAUUUAUUUAUAUUAUUCCGUGGUGUUUAAUUUUAAGAAAAAGAAGAAAUAUCUAAAUUGCUAAUUUGUAUUUUGAAUCGUAACGAUUUCAAAUACAAUUUGCAGGUAAAUGUCGAAAA